AUGUUAGAAAAAGCCAUCAAAGCUAUAAAUACGAAGAAAGGAAAAGGGCUGACGAGGUUUGCCGGAGCCUGGAUAAACCACCCUGGCGGAUACACGAUGAUGGCGGAACACAUCGCUGUAAAACCGCAUACUGGCAUUUAUCGCCGCUUCGAUGCGCUCAAUGCGCGACACAUCCUUUACCUUCAAGCUGAGCUUUGUAUCCUGGAAAGGCGUCUACGAAAUGUCGAGCGAGCAGACCAAGGGAAAGAUAAAGGUGGACUGAAAUAUGCAGUUGACUUUGAGCGCAUGCUGGAAACACCGAACGACGAGGAUCAGACCCAACUAGAACUGAUCAUGGAGAUGCAUGAGAAGCUACAUCAGUACAACGAAGCGAUCAUACAGGCUCUCACAAUUCGUCAAAUUCAAAAGCCAGAUAAAUUUGACCUUGUCGACCUCCAGGCAUUUUUGGGUAGCGCCGACAUGGACCCUGAUUAUCUUGAAGGCGAAGAUCGGACAACUUGGGGCUCACUCGAUGAACCUUGCCAUUACGCCUCGGAUCUAAUCGCCAUUGAUCCACGAAGGAAAGGGGACGACUUUUCCCGUUUCGUCUCGGUGAAUGCGGUACAUUUGUUCAAGUGUGGCCUCGGUCGCUUGACGAAGGAUGAUAAGCAUUUGGGCCAGCGGGUGUACUACGACUCAACGGUCCUGAAAGUGACAUCUUGGAUAACAUGUAUCCUGGCCUCAAUGCUUCCGAUUGCGUCGGUACUGGUUCUGGUACAUCUGGAGUCGCUGAAGACUAAGUUGUGGGUGAUCGCUGCGUUCAACAUUUUAACCAGCGUGUGUUUGCGGACCCUGACAGAGGCCAAACGAGCGGAAGUUUUCGCUGUAACUGCUGCGUAAGAGUUGUCCUUGUCUAUUUUGAUGUUGGCUGACGAUAAUAGAUUUGCUGCUGUACAAGUCGUGUUCGUAGGGACAGAUUGCGACACAGGUUCCGCUGUCUAGAGUGUGAUAUGGCAGUUGCGCGAGUUCUUUUUGUGUCGCUGUCAAAACUGAUAGACCUCCGUAGCCUUCAACAGUACCGAUUACAACAGCAAAAAGCACAGCAAAUCGCUUGUAUACGGAAUAUUUUACCAUGACAGUCACUACCAAG